GUGCCGAAGGCGAUUCCGGCGGCGCAGGCGAUACCCUGCGCGGCCGGCAGCUGUGGCAGCGCCACCGUCCACAUCCGGUGUUCCAAUGGGUCCAAAUUCUCGGUCCAGACAUCGCUCGACUCUACCGUCGAGGCGUUCAAGGCUGUUGUUGCCGGGAAGUGCGACGUGCCGGCCGAGCAGCAGCGAUUGAUCUAUAAAGGUCGGAUCUUGAAGGACGACCAAACCCUAGCGAGCUAUGGCGUGGAGUCAGACCAUACCAUUCAUUUGGUCCGUGGUGCUGUGCCAUCAUCAGCUAACACUGCUGCAUCCAACCUAGGAGCUUCAAGUACUCCAAAUGAAGGUAGUGGCCUUGGUGGAGCUGGUUUUGGAGGCUCACUAUUUCCAGGCCUUGGUGCUAAUGGGCUGGCUGGAUUAGGGGGAUCUGGUUUAUCUGGGAUUGGAUUUCCAGAACUUGGUCAGGUGCAACGGCAGCUAACUCAAAACCCCAACAUGAUGAGGGAAAUAAUGAACAUGCCUGCCAUCCAGAACCUUAUGAAUAACCCUGACUUGAUGAGAAAUAUAAUCAUGAGCAAUCCUCAAAUGCGCGAGAUUAUUGACCGCAAUCCUGAUCUUGCACACAUCCUCAACGAUCCCAGCACUCUGCGGCAGACACUGGAAGCAGCAAGAAAUCCUGAGAUCAUGAGAGAGAUGAUGCGGAACACAGACAGGGCUAUGAGCAACAUUGAAGCUUCUCCAGAAGGAUUUAACAUGCUCAGGCGCAUGUAUGAAACCGUACAGGAACCUUUUCUGAAUGCCACAACAAUGGCUGGGGACAAUGAUAUGGGGUCAAACCCAUUUGCAGCUCUUUUAGGGAACCAGGAUGUCACCCAUAACAGAGAUCGGUCACCCAACCCAUCAGCUACUGGUUCAGAAUCAGUUGCUGGGUCUCCUUCGCCGAACACCAACCCACUUCCCAAUCCUUGGAGCAGCAAUGCUGAAGGUCCGCAGCCAGUUAACACUAGGUCAACUCCUGCCAGCGAUACAAGGGCACCAGGCAUUGCUGGGUUAGGAGGACUUGGUUUACCAGAUUUGGAACAGAUGGUUGGUGGAGUGCAGGAUUCUACCCCAUCGAGUCAAUUUAUGCAAAAUCCAGCCAUUAUGCAGAUGGUGCAGAGCCUCCUUUCUGACCCUCAGUAUAUGAACCAGAUACUUAAUUUCAAUCCCCAUAUGCGUGGCCUAUUGGAAUCCAAUACUCAGUUAAGAGAGAUGUUGCGAAAUCCAGAAUUUCUACGCCAGCUGACUUCUCCUGAGACAAUGCAGCAACUUUUGUCCUUUCAGCAAUCACUUUUAUCCCGGAUUGGUCAGCAACAGUCAAGCCAGGAACAAAAUCAGACAGGUGGUGGAGCAGGUACACCUAACAAUGCAGGGCUGGAAUUGCUGAUGAACAUGUUUGGGGGACUUGGUGCUGGAGGUCUUGGUGUUCCUAACACCUCUAAUGUGCCACCAGAAGAGCUUUAUGCAACCCAGUUGUCUCAACUUCAGGAAAUGGGUUUCUUUGACACUCAGGAGAACAUCCGAGCACUGAGUGCCACCGCUGGGAAUGUCCAUGCUGCGGUUGAGCGGCUCCUUGGAAAUCUCGGUCAGUAGAUAAUUAUGAAUCAAUGAUCCUUUCUUUUAUAGUAGCCUACAUUAUGUGGGUCUGUAAGAUUAGUCAGCGUCACCUGUCUACAUAGCUUUCAAGACAGCAAAACACAGAUUCAGCUUCUAUUCUCAGCGUGGAAUAAGUAGAGGUAAUUGCCAAGGGUGGUUAAAUUUUUUAUGUUGGAGCCUUAUUCAUGUAUUUCUAUUAAGAUAUUAUAUUGAGUCUGUUAUGUAUGUACAUAUACUAGUUAAAGGCUGUAUUUUGUCUUGUGAACUGUACAAGCAGUGAAUUUGUUUUGGUCCAUGUGGUUACUGACAAUUUCAGUUUCUCCUUAUCCUAUAUUACUAAA